AAAGCCGGAAAGAAUUUGAGGUAACACUCCUUCUUCCGGCCAACUCAUCUGUACUCUGCUGUCAGUUCAAAUGUGUCACUUUAUGACAAUCAGUCAAAUAAUCGAUCGCUUCACUUUAAAAUAGACCGAAGUUAAAAAGUGAAGACAACAGCCAAAAUGGUGUUACAGACGAUGAUUGUUCGUGUCGCCGACAGCCUGCCACUUGCUGCAUCUAUGCAAGAAGACGAGCAGUCUGGCCGAGACUUGCAGAAGUAUCAGAGUCAAGCCAAGCAGCUUUGCCGAAAACUCAACGAACAGAGUCCCACACGUUGCACUUUAGAGGCUGGUGUCAUGAGCUUUCACUAUGUCAUUGAGAAAGGAGUGUGUUACUUGGCCUUAUGUGAAGCAGGAUUCCCCAAGAAACUGGUGUUUGCCUAUCUGGAGGAUCUGGAGAGAGAAUUCAGUGAGCAGUACGGGACAAAGGUCCCGUCAGUGUCACGGCCGUACUUUUUUAUUGAAUUUGACACUUAUAUUCAGAAAACCAAAAAGUCUUACAUCGACAGCAGAGCACGAAGAAAUCUGGGCAGUGUCAAUACAGAGUUACACGACGUCCAAAGGAUCAUGGUCGCUAAUAUAGAGGAAGUGCUUCAGCGUGGAGAAGCCUUAUCUGCUUUGGAUUCCAAAGCUAGUAACCUGUCCAGCCUGUCUAAGAAGUACCGCAGCGAUGCCAAAUAUCUCAACACGCGCUCCACCUAUGCUAAAGUGGCUGCCGGCGCCGUCAUUUUCAUCACACUCAUUGUUUAUGUCCGCUUCUGGUGGCUGUGAAUAUACAUGACAAAUUCAAGCAGAAAUUCUCAGGGCCUUACUCACAAAAAUGGUUCGGACACCAAAGAGUCUGUUCUGGCCUUAAGGUUGUGUCUGUUUUAGACACCGAAUGUAGCUUUUGUCAAUUUCAUAAUGCUGUUGUCAUUUUACAGUUGUACCUUGCUUUAUUUAUAUCAGUGGAAGGUGUUAAUGAUGUACUCGUUGCCUUGUAUGUCUUCAGUAUGUUCAUAACAACUAUGCAAAGUAUAUGUGGUGUUUAUAUCACAUCUGUAUCUGGUGGUGAAACAAAUAUGCAUAUUUGCAAAAAUAUUUUUAAUUUGUAAAACAUAAAGGUGGUUUUCUAGGAACACCAGAGUAAAUGUAGACAAAAGAAUUUUAA